UGUUGAUGGUUUGAUGAUAGCUCUGGAAUUUCCCUCAGUCUGCAGCUUUCCCUUCUCUGACUGUUUGACUCGAUGUACGCUGGUCCUGAGGGUAGAAUUGUAGCUCCCCCCACCCUCGGGUCUGGAUCCCAUAGCCCAGAGAGAUAGAGGAUCCCAGGACGAAGGAGAGAAAAGAGUCACAGAGAGUGAGAGAGGAGAGAAUCUCAGACAAAGAUGUUGGUCAUCGUCUCCACGCUGGUGGGCCUGCUGCACCCGGUGCUGUCGGCGCUGUCGGGGGCUGUGCAAUGGCAGGGCCUGGAGCACUGGUUCUUCCUGCUGGGCCUGCGCCUGCUGGCCAUGUACUUCGCCAGUGCGCCGUGGGAGAGCGCGCAGCAGGAUAUAGCGUGUGCCUGGAGUCCCGGCCAGGAUGAGGAGACCCGGCGCUUCUGCACCUCGGUCUGCUACAACCGCCACUUCCUGGCACCCGUCCUGCCCACCUGGGGCUUCUCCUUCCUCAUCGCCCUGCUCCCCAUCACCAUCAUCAGAAUGCUGUACCCCAAAAAGGAUCCUCACGCCAAGGGGGGGCAGAAGGUCGCUGAAUCGGCCACAUGCCACAGGGCCACUGAGCACAGGUUGGCGGGAGAAUCGCAUGUGGCCGCCAGACCCAAGAGGGGAGGGCAAUCCAACAGAGCCACUAAAUCCAACGUGGCUGCCGGGGCCCGGCUGAUGGGAGACUCCAACAUGGCCGCCAACCCCAGGCUGGUUGGCGCGACCAAUGUGGCUGCCAGAGCCAACACAGUUGGGGUCAGUGGUGUGACCGGCUCCCCGGCAGGACCCGACAUGGCCGCCCAGCCAGCCUGGCACAGAGCCAGCAGCCUGGGUCGACAGAGGAUCCUUGGACAAAGGAGAGAAGAGAGUGGUGAUAGAGACUGGGAGAAGAGAGACUAUCAGAAAAAGGUAUCUGGGAAGAGGUUUGUUUGGGAGGGAGGGAUGGAAAUAAUAGAGGGAGCGGGGUCAAGCCAAAGACAGAAAGAAAAGUGGAACAAGAAAGAAAAAGAAAGGAAGGGAAUGAGAAAGAAAGAAAAACAAGGGAAUAAGAAAGCAAACAAGAAAGAAAGAAAGAACAAAACCAGGGAAUGAGAGAGAAAGAAAGAAAGAAAGAAAGAAAGAAAGAAAGAAAGAAAGAAAGAAGGGAAUGAGAAAAGCAAGAAAAGAAAGAUCCUGAAGGAAUGAAAGCCCACUAGCUCUCUCUGGAUGUGUGGCAUGUGGGUACUGUGGCCAUCCCCUUUGUGCCCCCCACACCACUCCCCUCCAUGUCUCUCUCCGGGCAGAUGUUGAUCAUUGUCUCCACGCUGGUGAGCCUGCUGCACCCGGUGCUGUCGGCCAUGUCGGGGGCUCUGCGGUGGGAGGGCCUGGAGCACUGGUUCUUCCUGCUGGGCCUGCGCCUGCUGGCCCUGUACUUCGCCAGUGCGCCGUGGGAGAACGCGCGGGACGAUCUGGCGUGUGCCUGGAGCCGCAGCCAGGAGGAGGAAAGCCGGCGCUUCUGCACCUCGGUCUGCUACAACCGCCACUUCCUGAACCCCGUCAUGCCCACCUGGGGCUUCUCCUUCCUCAUCGCCCUGCUCCCCAUCACUAUCAUGAGAAUGAUGUACCCCCAGGAAGAUGGUCAGGGCCAGGGGCGGGAGGAGGACACGGUGUCGACCAGACCCAACAUGGCUGCUGGGCGCAGGUUUGAUGGACAAUCCAACGUGGCCACCAAACCCAAGCUGGCAGGGGAAGCCAACACAGCUGCUAAAUCCAACAUGGCUGCCGAGCCCAGGCCGGUGGGAGACUCCAACAUGGCCGCCCCCCCCAAGCUGGUUGACACGACCAACACGGCUGCCGGAGACAACACGGUUGGCCUGAGUGGUGUGACUGGGCCGCCGGCAGGACCCAACAUGGCCGCCCAGCCGCCCUGGCAUGCCGGAGUCUUCACCGUGUGCCUCGCCGUGCUGCUGGCCACUGAGGCCAGUUUCCUGUGGGCCUUGCUGGCCUGGCAGCUGCCCAUGGUGUCAGGGCCCACCUUCCCCUGCUUCCCCGGCACCCCGGCCUGCCCCCCUGCCCUCGAGUGCACCAUAUGGGGCCAGGCUGACAAGCGCAUGGCGCUGGGCUCCCUGGCCCUCACAGCCUGCGUCAGCAUCCUGGUCUGCCUGGGCUCUGGGGGCAUGUGGCUAGGCCGGGCCACCUGCUGCCGUGGGAGACAGGAGGGGGAGCGGGCCCCGGAGGGGGGGCUGAUGAGGGAAGGGAGCGGCAGCGUCUUUCUGCAGAACAGGCUGGUUUUCAGCUGCGUGGGGAUCCCAGAAGAUUAUGAAUGGGCCCUGUCUGCCAAGGUGUGGUAUGGAUCCUGGGUUAUUCUCCGGCGCCCCUUUGAACUGCACCUUGGCUGCUUGUUCCCCGGGGAACUGGCGCCAGGGCCAACGGGCAUUGCAUCAGCCGGGACAUCCCGCCUGGUGUCUCUCAACAACACCGUCCUCACCAGGAGGGUGCGUGAGGAGCCCCAGCGGGAGCUGGGAGCUCUGCUGGAGAGGCCAUCCCAGCAACAUCGUGGGGUGAAACCAGGAAAAUGCAAUUUUGUUCUGGGGUGA